ACGUGACGUAAACAUAACCUUUGUAUCAUCACCUCCCAAAACCUCAUUUUCUCAGUAUUAAACAACUUUUUGUGCAAAAAUGUUGUACACAACCCCCGCUAGUCGACGAAUACAAACAUUACUGCGCAUUUUGACCAAUGUCAACCCCUUCAUUGGUAACAGUGUACGAGCCUAUGUGUCUUCAGAAACCGUGUCAAUUGGCGAAGUUACCAAAGUAAUUGAGGCACCAAAACGGCCGGAAUAUGUCCCUAGAAACUACUAUAGAGAAGAUCUGGGUCAAAGUACACUGCAUCAUCUGAGAUGGAUGAUGCAGAAGGACAUUCUAGGGCAGGAUAUUUUUUUAUUAGGGCCACCGGGCCCUCAGAAACGGAACUUAGCCAUGCAGUACCUAGAAUUGACGAACAGAGAGCACGAAUAUGUGGCUUUGAGUAGAGACACCACUGAAUCAGAUUUGAAGCAAAGGAGAGAAAUUGUGAAAGGAACGGCUAAAUAUUUUGAUCAGAGCGCGGUCAGGGCGGCAGUGGAGGGUCGCAUUUUGGUGCUUGAGGGGAUUGAAAAGGCAGAACGUAACGUGUUACCAGUGCUGAAUAAUUUGCUUGAAAAUAGAGAAAUGAAUCUGGAAGAUGGGAGACUUCUAAUUCCAGCUUCCAGGUAUGAUAAAUUGUUGCAAGAGUAUGGAAAAGAAGAACUGGAUAAGUGGAAAUUGCUUAGGGUUGAUGAAAAUUUUAGAGUGAUUGCGUUGGGGCUGCCUAUACCUAAGUAUAGAGGAAACCCGCUGGAUCCUCCACUCCGGUCACGCUUUCAAGCCAGAGAUGUAGCACCUAAAGGUUACCAAGAAUGCUACCAAGACCUCCAACGCCUCUCCCCCACCGCCCCACCCGACAAACUCCAAAAACUCCUCUCCUGCGCCUUCGCCAUCUCCACCAAAGAAAGCGCCUCCCUCGGCCUGCCCGACUUCCCCCUAGACACCCUCCCCCACGCCGCAAAGCUCCUGCAAAACCACCCCGACCUGUCCCCCUACGACGUCUUCACCCGCCUCUACCCCUACAAAGUCUUCCUCAAAGACCAAACCUCCCACCUCGAGUCCCUCCUAUCCACCUUCCACGUCCAACCAGAACCCCCGAAACCAUCUCCCCCCACCAAACCCACAUCCACAACCUACAUAGCAACAGACUACCAAAACCGCCUCAUCGCCGCCAUGCUACAAACCGAAUCCGUCGGGGAUUUCUGCCUCGUGGGUCCAAAGGGGUGCGGCAAGAGCAUCCUAGUACAACAAGUAGCCGAAAUUCUGGGGAAAGCCACCGAAAAUAUAGUGUUGUACCAGGACAUGACGGCGCGCGAUUUGGUGCAGCAGAGGACGACGCUGGACAACGGUGACACUGUGUGGCAGUUAUCCCCGUUGGUGCUGGCGGCUUUGGAAGGGAAAAUCGCCGUUCUGGACGGAAUUAACCGGAUCCAUCCGAGUACAUUGUCGGUUUUACACAGACUAGUCCAAGACCGGGAAUUGCAGCUGCACGACGGAAAACGACUGAUGAGUGACGAACGGUACCAAAGCAUCAAACAGUCGUUUGAUUUGACGGACCACCAAAUGACGGAAAGUGGUAUUCUACCCAUACACCCCGACUUUCGGAUAAUCGCGAUCGGGGAACCACCUUCCUUGAACUCACCCACCGGGAAUUGGAUGACCCCGGAACUCCUCAGUCUUUUUCUUUUCCACGAAGUCAGAACUCUGAGUAAAGAGGAGGAACUUCACAUCAUUGCGUCUAAAUAUGGACCACCCUCCAAGUCGUUGCUCAAAAUCGUAGAGCUAGCCCACAUUUUGAGGAAUAGUACCGACCAAACCCUCCAGAGUCUGUCCGGGCACCUCUCCACCCGACAACUUCUGCGAAUCGGGGCUAGAAUGAAGAACUACCCUUCGAAUUUUGUCUACGAUACGAUCCGAACGACUUUUAUGGUACAGUUUCUUCCAACCCUGGCACGACAAGCUUUGGAGCGUACCAUACACCGACUCGGGGUUGUUGCAGAGGAAAGUUCGGACGACACAGCCCCCAUUGCUUGUGGAAUUAAAAACGAUAUUCUGACUAUUGGUCAAUCCUCGGUUCCUCUAUAUCAAACCACACACCUAACCAAAGUCCCUAACAUCCUCUUCUACAACAUUCCGCAGCACCUACACCUGAUGGAAGCGAUGCUUCAGGAUUUCCACCUCGGGCACCAUAUUUUGCUCGUCGGGAACCAAGGUGUUGGAAAAAACAAAAUCAUUGAUCGUUUCCUAGAACUGAUGAACAGACCUAGGGAAUACAUCCAGCUGCAUAGAGACACGACUGUGCAGACGUUAACCACACAACCUACCGUUCGUGAUGGUCUUCUAGUCCACGAGGACUCGCCUCUGGUGAACGCCAUCAAACACGGUCACGUCUUGGUGGUAGAUGAAGCAGACAAAGCCCCAACUCAUGUAACUUGCAUCCUGAAGACUCUAGUAGAGUCGGGUCAGAUGAUCCUCAGUGACGGUAGACGAAUCGUGCCUUUAGUACCUCCAAAUGGUCACCCGUCCAACUACAUCCAGAUCCAUCCCGAUUUUAGGAUCGUGGUACUAGCAAACAGACCCGGAUUCCCGUUUUUGGGGAACGAUUUCUUUGGCGCUUUGGGCGACUUGUUUAGUGCCCAUGCGGUAGAAAAUCCGUCUGCGGAUUCAGAAAUCAGUCUUUUGGGACAAUAUGGACCUAAUGUACCCCUUGACACUAUAAAAAAGUUAGUGGGGGUGUUUGGCGAGUUGCGCAAUAUGGCGGAUCAAGGGUUGGUUAGCUACCCCUACUCGACUCGCGAGGUUGUUAAUAUAGUCAAACACUUGGAACAAUUCCCGGGGGCUGAUUUAGAAGAUGUGGUCUUCAACGUGUUUGAUUUUGACCGGUACAGUCCUGAGGUGGUUGAAACUUUGGGGGAAGUUCUCCAAAAGCACGGUUUUUCGAGUAAGAACGUCAUGGCGGCUGAGUAUAUGGCGGCUAAACGGGCUAGGGAGAAGAUUCAGGUGACUAAGAGUAGGUAUAGUGGGAAAGAUGCUCAAGAACCGAAGCAUGGUAAAGAGGAUCCAGAUAAUGCCCCCCACGUUGGUGGUAACACAUGGGCUGGGGGUACCGGCGGUCGCGACACAGCUGGUAUGGGUGGUAAAGGUGGUCCUUAUAGGUUAGACAAAGGGCACGAAGUCCACCAACUAUCAGAGGAAGAAAUUAACGCCGUCCCUGAACAUAUACAGCGUGCGGCUCGCGAAAUGAACCGAAAAGCCUUCCAAGAAAAAUUAAAAGAAAUCGGGAUGAGUGCCUACGACGCUACUCUAUACAACCAGUUUUAUAACGCUGUGUCCAGACAAAUUCAGUCAUUAAGGAUCAUUCUAGGGAAUUUACAAGCUAAGAAUAAAGAGAGACACUGGUCACGUCACCAAACCGCUGGAGAACUAGAUGACGUCAAACUAAUCGACGGUCUACUAGGAGAGAAAACUAUUUUUCGAAGACGAGCCGAACAAGAACCCGAAAUCGGCGCCCCACAACUCAAACCCAAACUAUUCCGAGUGGUUGUAGAUGUCUCUGGAAGCAUGUACAGAUUCAACGGAUAUGACGGUCGCUUGGAUAAAGAACUAGAAGCCGCCGUUUUAGUAAUGGAAUCCUUCCAAGGCUUCGAAGACAAAAUCCAGUACGAUAUUAUUGGCCACUCGGGAGAAGCGCCGUUUAUUCCAUUCGUCAAACUCAAAGAGCACCCCAAAAACAAUAAGGAACGACUGGACGUGAUCAGAACGAUGCACGCGCAUGCGCAGUAUUGUUGGUCCGGCGACCACACGCUAGAGGGCACUGAAGAAGCUAUCAAUUCUCUAGCGGAAGAAGAUUGUGACGAGGCCAUCGUGAUCGUGUUGUCGGAUGCCAAUUUGGAACGAUAUAGGAUACCUCCGUCGAAAUUGGCGGCUGCGCUGACGUCAAAGUCCAAUGUUAGUGCCUAUGUUAUUUUUAUAGGUGGUUUGGGGGAUCAGGCGGAGAGGUUGACUGAGAGGUUGCCGGCUGGACGGGCUUUUAUAUGUAGUGACGUCACUCAGUUGCCGCAGAUUCUCAAGCAGAUUUUUUCGUCGUCGGUUAUUACCAUAUGAGGGUAAUUUCUAGGGAAUAAAACAAUGUAUAGUAAAUAAAAUUUUGUACAACUACUA